AUGAACAACGUUUGUUUUGCUGUGGAAGCACAAAUCCAGCAGCAACUUCCUGAACGCUUUGGCAUUGUACUCGACGACUGGUCUGCCCGUGGAACCUCGUAUUGCUGCAUCAUGGCGUCGUUCUGCGCGACCACUCGGCCGUUCAACACGUUGUCUUUGUCGAAGCAACUCUACUCUAAGACGUUGGAUGCGAUCACGUUCGUCAUUGGCGAAAAUUGCUCCGUGAACCAGCGCAUGGCGGGUCUUCUCAACGACCACAAGGGUCUCUUGGACCGUAUCCACUGUGUCAUGCUGCGAGCGUACAUGGACCGAUGUCUCUAUCCGGCCACUCAGUGA